ACGCACGUUUUCCCGCGCAAACCGCUGUCAAACUGACGGCCGACUGCUGUUCGUUUUUUAAAUUAAACCCUUUGUUUUUUAUCGUUGAGUGCCAUUGAUUUGUGUUUUUUUUAUUUGUGACUUAUUUUGUGCGAAGCAAGGCCCGACCCGGCAAAGCUGAUCGUCGUCAGCUGUCAAAAACGUUAAGAUGGAGGCGAAGGUGAAGGAGGAGGUGCCGGACAAGGAGUAUGCCGUGCCCACCACCACGGAGAGACGGAAAUCGAGCGGCAAGGAGCGGCGGUCGCCUGAGCAGGACGAGACUCGCGCGUCGCCCACACCUGGUCCGCCCAGCCCACAGAAUAACGGCACUACAGCGACGCUGUCAUCCACGGAGUCGCUGUCCCCACCGCCGGAGGGUCGGUCGGCGCCGGCGCUACAGCGGCUGCGGCGGUUCCUGUCCGCGCUGCUGGCCUUCGCCGCGGACGUCGGGCCCGACACCGGCGACCGCGUCAGACACCUCAUACACAACCUUGUGGCUGGCGGAGUGAACAUCGAGGAGUUCCAGGCGGGCGUGCAGGAGUGCACCAACUAUCCCCUGCGCGCCUCCGUGCCCGGCUUCCUGCGCGCGCUGCUGCCGCCCGUGCAGCGGGACCUACAUGCCCGUGCACGACGCGCUAAGCAGACGCCGCUGCAGUACGUCCGCAGCCAUGAGCACCUGGUGCUGGAGGCGGGCGGCGACGCGGCCGACAUGUUCGCGCCGCACCACGACGCCGCCGGCAAGCGCCGCGCCAGCGACCCGUUCUACGAGCCCCAAACGAACGGGUCGCACGAGGAGUUCCCGCCGCACGCCAAGCGGCCGAGCCUGUUCCACCCCUCGCCCUUCUACCCGCUGCCCAGUAACGCCAGCCUCUUCGACUACCACUACCACGGCUACCAGCCCCAGGAGCCCGCCUUCGAGAGGAGAGACGGAGGCAUCACAGUCCGCGACGUGUCAUCAAUGAACGCGCCGUUCUCGGAGCCGCGGCCGCUGGGGCUGCUAAAGACGGAUGACGAGUGGAAGAACAUCAACACCAUGCUCAACUGCAUCCUCAGCAUGGUCGAGAAGACCAAGCGGGCGCUCGCCAUACUGCAGCAGAGAGGUGUGGAGCCGACCGAGAGCACGGACAUCAAGCGGACGGCGAGCGAGAUCAUGGCGGCCGCGGUGCGACAGACCGAGGAGCGCGUCGCUGAGGUGCGGAGACGAGCCGAGGACGCCGUCAACCAGGUGAAACGCCAAGCCCUGCUAGAGUUGCAGCGGGCAGUGGGGGCCGCGGAGUCCAAAGCACUUGAGCUGGUGGCGGAGCAGCGCGGGAAGGAGAGACGCUCUCCUCCGCCAGGCAGAGAGCUGAGCCCCAACUCCGCGGGACAGCAGAAUUGCUGCUGGAACUGCGGGCGCAAGGCGCAGGAGACGUGUUCGGGCUGCGGCGCCGCGCGCUACUGCAGCGCCUUCUGCCAGCACAAGGACUGGGAGAACCACCACCAGGUGUGCAGCGGCCGCGAUCAGAAGCCUUCCUCCCUCCUCCGCACCUCCCCACCGGCGCCCACCAAGACUCUUCAUCCACCGGAGAGGCGAGCCACGACGCCCAUCAACCAGGCCGCGCCCAGCCUGACCCUGACCUCCGGUGCGGACCGGAUGACCUUGACCUCUGGCGCAGACCGGAUGACCUUGACUUCCGGCAGCCUGACGACCACGGAGCGGAUGGCCGGGCCGGACCGGAUGACCACCGGCUCCGACCGGAUAGCGCUCGCCACGCUCACCACGGCGCAGGGUCUACUCUCAGGGAUCGCCGGGAAGAAAUGACGCAGCAGCCGGGGACUCCUGGACAACAUCAAGACGCCCAGGAAGGUGCGAAGAUAGAGUACUCCAAGCGCCGUAUAACGUAUUACAUGUAGAUUCGAUUAAUUUAUUCAGAUCAGAGAAAUUACUAAGGUCUGCCAUCUGCCUACUUAUCAAUUUCUCUGAUAGUAUAAUUAAAAAUUUACCCCACGUGGCCCACUGCAGGCCACACCAUUGCGCGCCACGCCUACAUAUCAUCCGCCAUCAUGCACCAUUCUACGUCUACACAAUGGUGAUGGCUUGUAGUGGGCCAGCAUGGACCAUUGUGAAGAAGCACCUUAAAGUUUUAAUGAAAAGAUUCUGAGUUACCACCCACUACAUAAAAUAUUGAAUGUCUUGUAGCUUGUAAAUAUUUGAUUUGUUGUACUGCAGCGUUUUGUAAGUUAUAGAGAACGCACCAGAACGGACAAAAGCACCUCAAAAAGCCACCUCUAAACCUAAAGUAUUAUGGCAAUUAUGAUGGAAUAGGUAUCAGUUACCAACUAAGAUCUUCCUAAUUUUUUAUAAAGUAAAAAAUAAUAUGUGUGCGUUUUCGUGCGUUUAUCUUUAUCGCCGUGCGCUGUGACUCUUCCCUGCACCUCGAUGCGUGAUUUUGCAUCUGUUUUGUAAAGCACACGUAGUUAAUUUCUACUGUAUAAUAUUAUUUAUACUUAAUGUAAAUACUUGUCACACAUAAGAUACUAUGUUUACCUAUCGUGCAAUAUUACUAUUAAUUGAUGUAUACAUUUUCGAAUUUAAUAAUUAUUAAAUUAUGUAAAUAUUUAGAUAUUAACAACUGUUCAU